UUAACAUUACAUCCUUCUUCUUCUCUGUCUCUCUUUCAAUGUCAUCAAGAAUGGGAGAGCCUCUCAUUGUUGUAAGAGUUAUAGGAGAAGUUGUUGAUUCUUUCAUUCCUAGCAUUAAAAUGUCAGUCACUUUCAAGGACAAGCAAGUCUUUAAUGGACAUGAGUUUUAUCCUUCCACUGUUGCCACCAAACCUAGGGUUGAGAUUCAAGGUGGUGAUUUGAGAACUUUCUUCACUCUGGUCAUGACGGACCCUGAUGUCCCUGGACCUAGUGAUCCUUAUUUAAGGGAGCACCUGCACUGGAUUGUGGCUGACAUUCCAGGCACGACAGAUGCCACAUUUGGAAGGGAAGUUGUGAGCUAUGAGACCCCAAGGCCAGACAUAGGAAUCCACAGGUUCGUCUUCGUUCUUUUCAAGCAGAACCGUCACCAGCUAAUAAGCCCGCCUUCUUCAAGAGAUCGUUUCAGCACCCGAGAUUUUGCUGCUGAGAACGAUCUAGGCCUGCCUGUUGCCGCUGUUUAUUUCAAUGCACGAAGAGAAACUGCUGCAAGAAGACGCUAAUUAAAUCUUCAGGAAUCAGCAGAAAAUGCUCCAUUUCAAUUGAAGAAGAAGAA